AAUUACUUCCACUACCAAAAAAUGCCUAAAAGCAAAAUUCAUUCAGCCAGUAUUUUAGCAGAACAAAAACCACCUUCAGAAUGUGGUUCUCAACAACAAGAAGAAAAAAUAUUAAAUUUAAGCAUUUCUCCCAAAAAACGAAAAUCAGAGGAGGAAUUGUGCCGACUUCCAAACGAAGUCGAAAUUUGUCAAUUAAAUGAUUUGAGGAAAAUAUUAGCCCCCCAAUUAGCUAAACACACAAAUAGAGAUGUGGAUGAUGGCUAUUUGUUGAGAUGGCUACGUUCAAAAGAGGGACGUUUUGAUGAAACUGCCGAUGGAGUGAAAAAAGAUCUAGUGUUUCGAAAGGCUUGGGGACUUGACAAAAUUGCAAAUUGGACGGCACCCGAGGUGGGGCUAUUUUUUUAUUUUUGGAAAAUUGGGAUGGUUUAAUCAAAAAAUCCUUAUAGGCGUUAAAAUCCAAAAAAUAUUCAGAAUGUACGGUAAUAGGUCCUAAAUAACAGAACUGGGUACUUAUUGUCACAGAGCAAAGUUGGUAACACGGUUUAAGAUUGGCCAUUUUUCCACUUUCUGGAGGAAAAAAAGAAGGAGAAGGGGGGGGGGG